AUGCCGAAAAGAAAAAGCAGCGUUCCUUCUGCAUCAAGUCAAAGGAGGUAUAAAACAGAGAUGAGCAAUCUUACCAUGUCUGUUCCUCGCGUCAAGGAGAUGUUGAAAGUAGGGAAAUAUGUCGGUCUAAUGAGUGACGAAAGCGUAGUGUUCUUGGCUGCUGUCCUCAAGUACGUCGUGGCUGAAAUUCUUCAAGUGUCUUUAGUCACUGCACGCAGAGAGGGAGCAAAGAGAAUUCGCCAUGAACACAUUAAUAUGGCUUUAAAAACAGAUCUCGAUUUUGGAUCAUAUUUCAAAAAUGCGGCGAUACCCGCUUCAAAUUUCGUACCUUGGAAAGAGCUUCCAGAUUUCAAACUAAAGCGUCUAAUUAGCGUAAGGCUUAGCCCUACAGCUUAA